AUGGCUUGGAACCCUUAUGGUGAGGAUUUUUUGGGGGACAAACAGUUCGCGAAAGUACUAAGGAAAAGAAGAAGACAGCCUCCAAAGCUGUAUCAAGUGGAGGAUGUGGUGGGAGAGGAGGACAGGGGCGGACACGUCUGGGUGAAAGUCAGGUGGGCAGGAAGUUGGCCUGGGAGGCAGUUUUCUUGGGUACCUCUCCAGGAAAACCCAGAGUUGGAGGCCUACCUCCACCACUACAUGGAGGCCACCACUCUGGGUAGGGGAGGGAUCCAAGAAGACGAGGCAUCGAUUCUACAGUACCUCAAGACGGCUAUCUACACUGCCCUAGGAGAGGGUAGCCACAGAGCUGGUCAGUACAACACCAAGGCCAGCCUGACCCUCCCCUUCCCACGCGCAGAUUUCGACAAGCUUUUUCGUCCUCUGACCAUAGUGGGGUGGGUGGCAGGUGGCUCUGGGCAACCAGAGACCUUCUCCUGCCAUCCAAGCGAACUGUCUCCGGCGUUAGGCAUAGGAUGGCACAAGAAACACCUGAAGACAUCGUCUGCUAUCUUAGUGACAGGUGUGCGUGUCACCUGGGGCUACAGGCCUGUGGUCAGAUAUGACCACUCUGCAUGCCCCAGGUGCAAGCACAAACGUGCAGAGAGACUUCGCCCCUCCCAGUGCUCCCCGAAGGAAAUACUGCAUAACGAUGACGGGUGGCUUACGCUAGUGCUGACCAGGGAGCUUAUAAACACACUCCACCCAAACAGGUAG